UCUCUCCACCUCUGCCCUCCUCUCCAUUCCUGCUCUUCUCUCCACCUCUGCCCUCCUCUCCAUUUCUGCUCUUUUCUCCGCCUCUCCUGUCCCACCCUGAGCUCAGGAUUCACCGCAACUCUGUUUUUCCCCUUUAGGUUUGACCCCGACAGCAUUCUGAUUGGGCCUGUAAAGGUUUUAGAGGCGUGGUAUCUAUAGUGUAAAGUGGCAGAACACCUGAAUAAGUCCUGAAGAAGAGCAUGUGUCAGGUGCACAGGUAGAGACUGGAUAACACAUGAAUUAAUAUAUUUAAUGGAAAAUCAUCACAUCAUUUAAUGGACACAUCAGAGCAAUAUUCCACAGAGGUCUAGUUUAUUUAUGGUAGAUAUUUUAUUUUAAUUAUUUGAUUUUUUUUUAAUUUUUUUUUUUUUUUAUCAUUAACGAUGCGUUGCCUCCGGAGGAUGAAAUUGAAGAUUUGUGUCAUUCACGCUGCUAUGUGGAUGGUCUUCCUGCUUGUGUUCGUCCGAGUCGAUUUCAGAUUCGGUUUGAAGGAUUUUUUCGAUGUCAGUCCACCGAAGAUUUGCGCGUGCAUGAGCUGCGUGAUGGAACCGCAGGAGGAUCAAUGGUUCAUGGAGCGCUACGACAGCCAGGUGCCAAAACUUAUGAGCAGGGCCAACAGCAAUAUCAGCAUGCUCACAAAUAAAUGGUGGAUGAGGCUCCAAGCAUUCCAAACAGUGAAUCUCAGUGAAAUCGUGGAUCCUCUGUUCUCACUGUUCCGUGAUGAGGAACACUACAAUGACUCUAGUCCUGACCGCUGCAGAACCUGUGCUGUUGUCGGCAACUCGGCCAACCUGAUCAGAUCCCAUUAUGGUGCUAUAAUAGACAAUCAUGACUUUGUUUUCAGGAUGAAUCGUGCUCCAACUAAAGGCUAUGAGAGGGACGUUGGGGACAAGACCACGCAUAGAGCAAUUUAUCCCGAGAGCGCUGUAGACCUGGAAAACUCCACCCAUCUAGUGCUGCUGCCUUUUAAAGUUUUGGAUCUGCAGUGGCUCAUUAGUGCUUUCACCACCAAAAACAUUACACGUACAUAUAGUCAAGUGAAACCUACAAUAAAAGCAAACAAAGACAAGGUGAUGAUCAUUAAUCCUGAGUUUAUGAGAUAUGUCUACGAAAGCUGGUUGAAGAAACAAGGGAAAUAUCCAUCCACUGGCUUCAUCAUGCUCAUGUUGGCCCUGCACAUCUGUGACCAGGUGAAUGUUUUCGGAUUCGGGGCCAGUGCAAAUGGACAAUGGUACCAUUACUUUGACCACUGGCAUCAUCCGUCCGUUAAUGCGGGUGUACACAGAGGGGGAGUUGAAUAUGACAUCAUCCUGAAACUUGAGCAGCAACAGAAGAUCAAAAUGUAUAGAGGAUGGUGAAAGAGUCAGAUGAUGUUUUUUUUUUAAAAAAAGACACUCUCAACAACACCAAACUCAUCAUAACAUCAUUUAAGAGUAAGCAUAUCAUAUCAGCUCACUCUUUCAUGGCAAUGCUGAGUAACAGAGCUUCAUUUAAACCACUGUUUUCCUGCUCUAAUACACUUGAUCUAAGUCAUUACCUCAUUAUCAAACCCUUCAAGAUCUGGAUCUGGUGGGAUGGACACGAAAUACUGUAUAUACUUUAGGAAUGUAAACCAGCAACACUUUUACCUUUUCUAGAUUUUUAUCAUGCAAAAAAAGCUAAGCACCGCAAAGAUGCACAUUGUACAGUAGGCAUACAAGUACUGACUGUUGUUAUGCCCUACUUAUGUAAUGUAUGAAGGAUUUAACCCAUGUAUUUCUGUAAAAUAUUAUUACUGACUACACAAGGUGUAAAGUGUAGCUAUAUAUAUAUAUAUAUAUAUAUAUACUGUAUAUAUAUAUAAAAGGACUUAUUUGCACAUCUGGCCUUAUUGCCGGAGCUGAUCUCAGCACCUUCUCCAGUUUCGGACAGUUCCAGAGUUAUUGGCACCCUUCAAUGAUUUUAUAAAAUAAACAGCUGGAGAAGCAGGAACUCGAUUAGAACUAAAACCAAAAGGCAAACAAACUACACCCUGUUGACCGAUUCAGAUGUGCUCGACUUGCAAAGAUUCAGUAAACAUUGGAUUUGCGACAUGGUGGCACCUGGACGACUUUAUACGUCUCAAUGCUAUCUAGCGAGGAACAGGUUGAAGUGAAGAGGUGGUGGACUUGUUUAUAAAAUGUCUUUAAUACUAGUUGCUGUGAUGAUACCAUGAUAUCAUGAUGCUAUGUCAAAAUUGUUAUUGUUAUUGCUAUUCCUUUUAAUAUAUCACUCACCUAAAGGAACCCAUGACUUUCUGUCUCAGUUUAGUGAGCUCAUUCUUCUAAGCUCCAUGUGUCCUGCUAGGAUUGUGCAUCCAUGUUGUUAAAAACUGUUCCUUGUCAACUGAAUGUCCAUGCUCUGCUCAUACAGAGUGUCGAUUUCCCUAUACAUUUUAGCAUUCACACUCUCAAUUUCUCAGAAAUCUGUUUCUGGUUUUAUGGUUGCAUUUUGUGAUCACAAACCCAUUGAAGAUACUUUCAGUCUUCCUGUUACCAAACCAAACAAAAAGAGUUUCUAUUUCUUACUGCAAUACACAGUAGUUCAUCCACUCUUCUUCAGGCUUCUCCUCUCUACUCUAACUAACCUUUCUUGUCCUGAUGAAACAUCCAAAAAUCUUCAGUACCCAAAAGUCACCAAAGCAUUGUAGUAUUACUUAGUAUCGAAAAGCCAAAAAAAUUUACAUAACAAAAUUAUGAUUAAAACUAUGAAAAUAGAAAAAGAAAAUAAAACAAGUUCUACUUGACUCAUUGAGGAAUGAAGAGGAUGACUGAACCUAAAACUAUGUUGCAAUUCCUGAUUAAAGAUUUGAGCAAUCACAGGAUAUACCAUCAUCAAGAAAAUAGUUUGUAUUCGAUUGCAUGAAGAGCAGCACUGCUCUCUCAUCCCCGGAGAUUAGAUGACUUCAGCAAAACAUGAAAAACAUAUCGGAUCGGUAUAGAACGUAUACAUUCUUAUAGAAAAUGAGAAAAGUACAUUGCUAAACUUCUGGCUGGGGUGGUACUCUCAAAGGUGCACCUUAUAUACCAUUCAUAUUUAACGUUCACAAGGAAAUGUGGAUAUAAUGUACCUUUAACAAAGAUACACUGCAUGCUUUUAUAGGUAAAACAAACAUACUACAAGAACAAAAGUCUGUUUACCUUCAUGGUACCACCCUAGGAGCAGUCGUGGCCUAAUGGAUAGCGAGUCAGACUUGCAACCCGGUUGCAAACCUGAAGGUGAACCUGAAGGUCGUGGGUUCGAGUCUCAGGUCCGGCAGGGAUUGUAGGUGGGGGGAGUGAAUGACCAGCGCUCUCUCUCUCCCACCCUCAAUACCACGACUGAGGUGAGACCCUUGAGCAAGGCACCGAACCCCCAACUGCUCCCCGGGAGCAGCAGCGAAAAAGGCUGCCCACUGCUCCGGGUGUGUGUGUGUGUGUUCACUACUGUGUGUGUGCACUUGGAUGGGUUAAAUGCAGAGCACAAAUUCUGAGUAUGGGUCACCCUACUUGGCUACAUGUCACUUCACAAAAGGCACCGUAUUUCUGUGAAUGCACCAAGCCCUAUUUAUAAUAUCAUCUGCCUCACCCUAAAGAAUAAAGAAAAUAAAUUUUUCCAUCAGCCAGUUCAGGUUGGUGCCUGUCUGUAAGAAAACAAGUCAGAGCAGAUAUUCUGCCUGUUCAUCAUAGCUUUCUUUCUUGAUCAGUGAAACUGACUUUAAUCUCUCAUUUGUUUGAGCACUGCAAUGCUUUUGUCUUCUUCGUUAAAGAAAAAAAUGUCUUCGCACAGUCUCUCCUUCUCACAGGUUUAUUUAUUUCUUUUCUCUCCACACGCAAACUCAUAACAUGUCGCAUGCUUCAGGUUACCUCCCUACUGCUCGUAAAACCUUAACGAUCACAACUGUCACAUCACGGCUUGAUCUCACCUAACCGGUAUACCACUGAUCCACUUCUGAGAUACAUAUAAUUUCAUGUUUUAGUAUAAAUAUUAGGUAAGUCUAUCUGUGGUUAUACUGUUGCAUAAUGUAAAAUUUUAAAAACAUGCAAGAUUAUGAAAAAACAUCAUUAACAAGUCCAUUAUCUCAGUAGGAUAUUAUACUAUCUAAAACACAAUUUUUAGUGGCGCUCUAGUAGAAAGUGCUAUAAAAAUCAGUGUCUAAAAUAUAAAUAUAAACAUAAAUAUAAAUAUUAAUAUGAAUAUUAAAUGAAUGCAGUCAAGUUAAAUAAACCACGACUUAAGUUUUGAUUGUUCUCCCCUCAUUGUGUAGGAAGGCAGAGAGAAAUUUUAUUGCCUUUAGACAUAAACUGAACUCAAAUGAACUGAUUAUGAGUCUAACAGACAGCACAAGUUGCUGUAACUUCAUUAACAGUGUAGCUUCUACACUGUAGCACCUUCUUAUGAGAUAAAAGCUGCACGCUGGUUUCUUGUGAUGUUUAAUAUCCCAUGUAAUCCCGACAAUGCCACAUCUGUGGCCGGGAGCUAAAGGAGCAAUAUUGCCCGUGUUCUCUGAGUGAGAGAGAUGGCAUACCUCCGAAUGUGUCACGCUGCACUGAGUUUGAAAAAAUGUGGUUUGUUGGUUUCAUGUGUUUCAGAGGAAGCAUGUUAGCCUUCAUCCUACGCAGAUGGUGACUGUCGUAUGAUAGGGGUGAGCUGGCUGCGGAGUGGGAAUUGGCAGGCGACCAAAUUCCAUUCUAAAUAAAUGAGUAAUAGCUCUUCUUCUUCCACGUUGUAAAAAGUUCUCCACUUUAUAUCAUGCUAUCUAACAUGAUCCACUCUAUAAAUUAUGAGCCUAAAUAAAUACUCAAGAUCUCAGUACAUCAGGCACUCUAUCAGUGUCUCAGCAUGGACUACAUGUCCUUUGGGUCUAAUUGAGGUGAUGAGAAUGACUUCAAGACGAGAGGAAAACGCUCUAUCUUCUCCACACAAGGCCACAGAGUGGCGUUAUCCUCCAUAAUGAAGACAGAUUCACGUGUCAGGAGAGAGAGUGAUGCUUUACAUUCAUCCUACAUCACUGAACUGGGCCAUGUCUCAAUUCCCCACACAUGCUGCUCAGAGAGGAAACCUGAGAGCAAGCUGGAAGGUGUUUAUGGGAAUAAACGGGAAAAAGAAGAACUUCAGGUUGGAUCCUCCGUGUAGCUGUGUAAUGAGGAGAAGAUAGGCUAGACACGAGAGCAGCACGCCAGCAGCACUGCCUCAGGAAACCUCACAGGAUUCCAUCUUAAUCUGCUGAAUGUUUAAAGGAAGCCAUCACGCUGCAGUUAGAGAGCGCUGUAGCGCUUCAUUCAAUCCUCCGAUUUCCCCAGUCUUUAAAGAAAUGCCUGAAAACUCAGCACUUUCCAACACCACUUGAAUAUUGAUGUUGGAAGAUCCUCAGCACUCCUCUGAAUGUGCGCGGCUCUUCUGUUACCUUUUGAAAUGAUGAUUGAUGAUUCAUUAAUAUUAUUAAAGUUUUUUUUACUGACUGACAGGACAGACGAAUAAUCACAGACCCUUUCCUGUAACUUCUCAGCAAAUACACGAGUUUAUCUCAUUUACUCACCACUAUGUGCAUUCAACAACGUCUUUUAGGUAAGUAAUAAAUCAUUCAAUGUUGAGUUACUAUUACCACCCUGAAGUCUGUUGUUUUCCUAUAACAGCAUAUCCUGAAGUGUCUUACCUCCCACUGCUACAAAGCGCUGACACUGGAGACUCCUUCCAUAAAUGUUAAAUAAACAUCUCCUUAUAGAAAACUUCACCAUAUCAACGAUUAUACACGUUUUUAAUCCGUUUAUGUGGAGUGUCUGCAUUACAAGUCCCUGUGAAUGAGCUGUUACUAUACAAACAUUAAUAUAACCUAUAAACUGCUAUUAUAGAAAAUUAAUCAACACCUUCUGACCAAUCAGAAUGCAGAAUUCAACACCAACAACAAUUUUUUUAACAGUUUUAAAUCUCGAAGUAUAUCUUGCUUGCAAUGUUCAAAAAUGUAUUUUCCUGCAGGAAACUGACACAUGAACGGUCAGCCAUCAAGAUCAUGAUGUUAUAAUCCCAGGAACGAGAGGAAGCAGAACACAGACGCUAGGGUUGAAGGUCAGGGUUUCACUGAAGGUUAGGGGAGAUAGGAGUGUGUGGGGAGGGAGCGUGGUCACGGCCAGGAUUUGAACUCGAGGAAGACGUGAUCCUGGAAUACACACACGGAAAUGACAGAGAAAGCAAAUAACAAAACUUUGGAUAUCAAAACACGGAAAGCAACGAUCUCGUGAUAAGAGGCUGAAGAACCGGGGUUUAUACUCCACUGAUUUGUGAGCUGAUGAGAGACAGGUAAGCUCAAUCAUCAGGGAUAGGCGUGAAGUAGAGCGCUACGCCCAGACACACACACACACACACACACACACACACACACACACACAUACACACAGAAACGGGAGGAAGAGAAAACACUGGAAACAUGGGGAAGAGGAAAAACAGGAAAACACACAGAAGUCUUGGCCUGGACCAUGACACAUGAAGCUUGUGGCCAGAAAGGUGUACAGAAGAUUCAGAUUUUCAGAGGUUGAAGCAACGAUUGUACCAAAACGGAGAAAAAUACUUAAAUAUCACAACAUUAAGUUUAUAUGCUUGGUUGAGGUGGAAAGGUGAUAUGCGAUAAAGAAUGAUCAAAAUAGAUUUUUUUAAGAAAUCAUCAAUUAUUCCUUUAAAAGAAAUGUCACAGGUUUCUACUCUAUCCGAACAUUUCUGCACAAUAAAAAGCUUUCUUACACCGUCAUGUCCAGACUAUUUUCUCACGAACACUGGCUCUCUGUUAGUUGAGGGAUUUAAUUUCACAACCUUCUGGUCACGGCACAGGAGACAUUAGUUCCACGGCAUCAGUUACUACGAAAUGUAUUUAUGGUGUAAUUCAUAAUGUUCGUGUUACUCUCAGCUAAGGAUCGACACAUUGAGAAUGGUCUUUAUUUGUUCUGGCAUUGAGAAAGCCCUAGAGGUCAAAACUUUUGAUAAACUACCUGUUAUUCUGCUCCACUAUAACACGUCAUCCCUCAGGGAAUGUUUUGAGUUUUCUGAAAGAAAUGAUGCAGCGUCAAGCUUCUAUGAACAUGAUUGCGGUGUAUUCUUCUGUAAAAUAGACAGGAGCUGUGUGAAUUUGGAAGAGUCUGGCUGUCAGAUACGUGUGAUAAAUGAUAAACACCUACCUAGGGGCAACUAAUGGAAAAAUAAAAACAGAUGGGCGAAGAAAGAGAUGAUAAAUAUACACAUUUUCUGCUUUGAUCUAGUUUGAGACAAUCCAUAUCUCUGUGCAUCAUUAUUUAAGCCAUCCUAAGGAAGAAUCUGGAAGGCCAUAAAGCGGCGAAUUGAAGUUGAUGGAAAGCAGGCGAGUCUAAACUGCCUCACAGAGCAAUCAAGCCACGAUCAAGAAGGUCCUGGAGCUGAACGAAAGGAGACGGAAUUUGGAUAGCUGAUUCAACGUAGUGGCAAAGACAAAUCUGAGCAACGAAAGGUCAAUAGCGAUGACAGAUUAAUGCUGAAAGAGUUGCGGUGUAGGGAAAAAGAUUAAUGCAACUCAAACUAGGCUCAGAUCAAUGACACCUGAUUGGUGCCCAGUCAUGUCCUUCUGUUUCGGAGGAGAGAAAAAUGGUAAAUAAGGCAACACUCCAAGCAUUAUCUUCACUUUCUCACAGGUUUCUGAAUUAAUUGAAAGAAAACUAUUUGAUUUAAAACGGUGGCUGAAAAGACACAUCUGAGCAACGGAGAAGGUCGAUGAGACCAUAAAUUAGAUAAAUUAACUCCAACUGAAGCUGUACAUGAGCACUAUUUCUUACUUCUACACUGCUGCAGUUAUUUCUACUUGUACCCUCUUGCAAUAUUUUCAAAUUACUGGUUGAUUCAAACCUUUAGGCUUGGUGGAGACAGAUUAAGCUUUAUCCCAGAUUAAUUUAUACAAAUACAUUUACAUUUCUUCCCCCUGUUCAUCAGCCAGACUUAAUUCUUCCUCAAAUUCUUCCUAUUUUCACAGGAAGAGGCAAUCCGACAGGAUAGACGACCAAUCACAGAGUUUCUUCUGUAACACGUCAGCAAACUGCUUCAAACAAAUAGCUUUUACAGACUGGAUUUCAUGAACUAUAUAUUGCUCUAAAAAGGACUUUUUCUUAACUCUACCUCCUUCCACUGCAGCAGUUAUUUCUGUUUGUACGCUCUUGCAAGAUUUUCUAAUGAAGUUGGUCCAAUUUCCCCAAACAUAAGGAUAUAAAUGAUUUAAAACGAGAGGGUUUUUCUUUGUAACAAACACAACAGACCAACUGAAUUUUAUUGUUGGUUGGAAUCAAAUUUGCCUGGAGAGAAAGCAAGUCGCUUAAAAUGGAGUUGACUCAGAGCUUUUCUCCUCGACAAGUCAUUUAGGUGAUCUUUAACUUUGGAAGUGUGAGUCAAUAGGAAGUCUCUUUGAAGGAAGUAGUAAUUAUUAAGUAGCUAUGGCUACUUCUCCCUUGAUUUUCAUUUGUUGUCGCCUGACUCCUCCCACAAGUGUUUUUUGUUUGUUUGUUUGUUUUAUUUGUUCAGUCCUACAGGAUUCUCAGUUCCGAUAAACAACACUAACUCCAAGACAUCUCUGGUCUGUGGCUUAUGAUUGGUGCAACGAAAAAAUUGUCAGUGGUGCACUGCUUUCCAACACAACUGCUGCCAAACAGGACAAUCAAGCAGCAAUCAAUUCUGGAGGCUUCUAAUGGUUUUAGGUGCAAUUUAGCUUCACUUUGUGUGAAAAACUUCACCGAUCGCACAAAAAAGCUGGGAAGUUGGCAAAGAAAAAGUGGAGAAAUAGGAAGUGAUUACAUCUUCCCACUUGAUGUACUAAACUUUAGGUAAUUACCAUCUGCCAGUUUUGCUGUAAAUGAACACUUUGCCUGUUGCUUUGCGGUUUCUACAUAGUGAAUGUGGAUACUUCUGAACUGCCAACUCAAUGUGAUUUGUUUUUAUGUUUAGGAAAAAGAAAAAUGGAAUACAGUUUAAUUACACACUUGUAUAUAAAGGAGUUUAUUCUGUACACAGCAGCUGGUUCAUUA